AUGCUCCCAGGUGCCGCAGCACUUGACUCGGGGCGAGUGUUCGAAUUCGUUGGCGAUGUCGCAACACGCCCUGAUGCACUGGCGUCUCUGCACAUCUAUGAUCUCGACUCACCGGAGGCAAUGGGACCUCAAAGCUUUAUCGAGUUCAGUUUCCUGAGGUAUGCCGACGCGCUGUGGAAAGGCGGUAAUAUUCCGUACACCAACUAUCUCCAGCGCCCCAGCACCACCAUCAUCCCGAACAACACGGAGCAGCUGGCGGAUGCAUUCUCAAUGGAUGUCCGCCAUGGCACAGAAAAAGGUUGCUUCGAAUUCGCCAAUCAACAUCCCCAUCCGUACCUGCGCGCCCGCAUCGAACAUGAUCAGGUCACUGUUGAACGCCGCGUCUACUCUGAAUCGACGCCUCACGGAUGCUUCCCAACACGAGUGAUCGAUGUCACGGAGUUGUCGGACGGCAGUGGGUACACCGAAAUCAUGGACCUGAAGCUGGAACCGCUUCAGGAUGAGUCGCCGGUCGCUCAGGAGUUCACGGCAGAAUCGUUUCGCAACUUCGAGAUGACGUAUCAGGUAUACCGGGAUCAUGGCGACGGCCAGGAACUCGCUGAGCGAAUCUACAUGGAUUAUGUCAGUCCGGCAGCUGCAGAGAUGGAGACACUGCAGCCGGCUGCCGAACCGAACAACCCGCGAAUCUGGUUCCUCUGGGCAAACGGAAUCCUGAUCUUCGUGGUCAUGAUUAAGGCGAAUCCUGUCACCGGGAAGCAGCCGGCUGUCAUCGACGACGUGCGCGUGCGUGCAGAAUCUGACUGGCUGAGUCUGAAUCACUACGACGUCUCGGAUACCGCCAUCGACCUGCAUCUUGAAAUUCACGGGGCCCGACUCUCAGAACGCGGUGCCCUGAGCAAUCCGCUGGAAGUGGAGAUUGAGUACGAUGAUGGUCAUGUGGAGCGGCAUCCUGCGAUCCUGUAUGUGCACCUCUGA